AUGACGAAAAAGAGGCUCACUCUUGUCAUUUACGUCGCCACUGGCCCAUAUGGCGUGGUGUGCAUUUGCGACCCGCCUACGAUAAUGAUUCAUCCUGUGCACAUGUAGUGCUCUGUCAGUGUCUUCAAGAGCAAGACAUAGCCACUGGACCAAUGAUACGGAAAAUUUUAAAAAUAAUUUCUUUAAAUUUUAAUUGUUAUCAGAUUCAACGAGGCCUUCGUUUAUAUGAACAGCAUAAUCAAAAUGCUGCAGUUCGUAUUUGGCGGAGUGCUUUGAAAGCAACAAAUCGUCGUGAAGAUUGUUUUCAAUUGCUUGGUUAUCUCUACCAAGCACAUAUGGACUGGGGUAAAUAUCGCGAGGCAAUAGAGUUCGGACAUCGGCAAUUGGGAAUAUCCGAGGAAUUAGACUCGCCUAUAAUGAGGACGGAAACUUAUUUGAAUUUAGCGAGAGCUCACGAACGAUUAGGUGGUCUGGAACGAGCACUCAGCUACGCAAGACAUUCGCUGUAUAAUGAUUGUGGUACCCAAUGUCGGACUGGUGGGAUAGUGCAUUUGACAGUGGCCCGAGUUUACUUAGAAAUGGGUGGGUUUUCGCGCGCACUUGAAGGUCUACAAGGUGCACACAAAAUAGCGACUUCUAUUGGUGAUCCAUCGCUUGAGUUGCAGGUAUAUGUCACGCUGUCUGAGUUGUUCGGUCGCUUGCAAGAUAAUGAUAAGAGUGCAAUGUAUGCUUCCAAAGCCUAUGAUUUAUCUCGGUCAUUGCUGCUUGGCGAUCUUAACUCGUCACAUCAUCGGGCUGCGCUGUUACGCAUGGCGGCCAGUCUACGAAAGCAGGGAGAUCUAGGGGAUGCCCACGAUUACUGCAUGGAAGCUACACGACUUGCAUUAAUUUCUGGAGAUCAAGCGACAUACACUCGUACCUUGCGAGUUAUGGGCGAUAUUUAUCGCAAAAAGGUCGAUAUGGAUCGUGCUUUUCGACAAUACGAGGAAGCUAUGGGAACAUCUGCCGCAGUUGGGGAUCGGAUGGCACAAAUGGAAGCAAUGGAUGGGGCGGCGCGCUGCUUGGAAGCUCUUCGGUUACAGCAAAAGAUUUGCAAUUGUCGGCCUCUUGAAUUCAAUACGCGUCUUUUGGAGGUGGCAAGCUCGAUUGGCUCCAAGCUUUUGGUUCGAAGAAUACGUAGUCGCCUGGCUCUAAUAUAUCGUGCUCUAGGAGAUGAGGAGCAGUACAAAACCCAAUUGCGUUUGGCCGGCCAAACUGAUGCAGCGCUCGGACUAUUUUGUGGUGCAUGCGGUGAAACUUUUGGACUAGAGCCAGAUUCUAUAGAAGCAUUGCCAUGCGCCCACAUCCUACAUGCCCGGUGAAUACUUAGCACUACAGUAUUAAUAAUACGUCUUAACUUCUGAUGCCUUAUAAUGCAACACAUCACAAGUUAUAGUAGAUUACCUACAGUAGCUAUGCGAACUGUUUAUUUCGAACUAUUUAAGUAUGACUACCAAAACAAAUCGGUACCUUUCUUAAACGUAAUUUAUUUAUUACUGACUUUGCUUUAAUAAACUUUAACAAAUGGCGGUCGAAUUAAUACGAGACGUAGGAACCUUUUGUAGCAGCCGGGAAUUUCUGAAAGAGUUUCACGAAGACUAAGCGUUAGCAAAAGGGUUGAGAUGAUUUUUCAGAUUUGUAAGUUACUCUCAACUUCAGGUUGAACCGGUAGGAUAACGAGGUGUAUAUGUAUAUUUACGUUACGUACCACAUACAACUGUGCGCCCAUCACUUCCUUUAGAAUUUUGGACUGGAAUUUCUAUUUUCUCAAUAUUAGGUGCGAGGUAAUACCUAACAGUUGUAUACCAUACAUAUAAAUUGACUUGAUAGUUGCUCUGCAAAUGAGUACUUUGUAUUCUAGUUUUUUCUUAUGUAAAAGCUAAUUUUAGCUCGCUACUUUUAGUUUCAUAUGCAGUAUUUUCGCAAAAGAAACAUAUUCCAGAUGAGCCUUCUAUCUAAGUGUAAGCCUAGAUAUUUGCGUUAAUUCGUUAACCACAUUUUUGUGGGCGAAAUGUAAUUGUAUCGUGUUUUCACUUUUGUUACAUGGCUGUGUCAUGUCACCACCAUUAAUUUUGUGUAAUAGACCUUUAUUCUAAACCUUGCCAAACGCUUGUGCUACGACAAGAAAUAUUGCAUAGCAAUGUUCCUUAAACUUGUGCUACACUACUAUGUUUUUCACGUCAGCAUAAUGGUGGAGAAAAAAUAAUUCUUAGGUAACAGAAUUCUUUUAAAUAGUGUGGAAUGACAGGAAUGUAAGCUUAUUGGUAUGUAAGAAGACGUGUUUGGUAAAUUUAUACCAGGUUUAUCUAUAAUUAAUAUCUGAGACUUUCUCCAGGCAAUAGGAAACUAACCUAGUUUUAGAAUGGCCUUCAAGAGUUCAUGCAGCUCUUUUAGCAUUUUUGAUAUAAUAAGGUGAAAGCCUGAAGA